AUGGUUCGAAUUUCUCACCGCCAGACUGCUAGCUCUGUGGCACAGCCCUGCAUUACCCCUAGUGGUCCCACCGCCCCGCAGCUCAAUCAACUGAACCGAUUACAGAUAGUGAAAAUUUCGGCGGAAGGUUUAAAAGGCCAACAAGCUGAAUUUGUACGAGACACCAUGUGGCCUUUUCUUCAACACUAAAAUUCCGCCAUUACCCCACAAUACUCGACCAUGGGACAGAUCCGUAUCGCUCCCCUGGAAUCCUUGCCGUGAACUCUCUCCGAUAGCGAGCCAGCGGGAACCCUCCACUAUCGGAAUUAAUUCUUUUCGUUCACGGAAGAGGUCUAAUGCCAAUAUGGGAGCGUCUUCGAGGAGUCGCUAUCGGAGAUGCGUUUUCGGUUGAGGUUUUUGGCGGAGUGAUACGAGUUUGGCUUCAAGGACUCAGAUAUUGGCGGGAGGGGAAUUUGAAAGAAGGGGAGGAAAGAAAUGGUCGACAACUUCCG